CUCAAGUGAUAUCUGAAAUAAAUCAUUGUUUUGUAAAUUUGGUUGCAAAUAUAGUGUCGUGAGGCAUUAUAUAUUCAAUUGUUAAUCGAAGGUUGCUAAACCAUUGUUCUUGCAUUUCUGUUAAAUAAAUGAUAAGGCUUCAUGUAAUAUAAUGUCUUAUUUUAGUGUGGAGGAUCAUGCCUUUUUCUUAUGCAUAUCUAAGACAAAUAUUGGUAUUUUCAAUCAAAAACUGUCAGAAAAGAGAGAGUAUAUGCUGAUAAUCAAAAUGGUAAGCAGAUAGUCUCUAUUCUUAUCCAGGAGUAUGCUGCCCCAAUUUAUAUUGUCUCUAACCACCAUAUUAAGACCGGGACAAAAGAAUUUUUUACUUCAUAAACUGUCAACUAGAAAUUUGUUCAGCUAUUAGGAGUCUUUUAAGCAGAGUUGGAGGAGAUACAGAAAAAAGAAAUUUGAAAGACUUCUUCUUGUGUGUGUGUCGGCGUGCGUGUACUGGACAAUAAGGAAAAUGAGCUGAUAUUGAGGUUGAGAAGCCACCCAGAAUACCACCUGACCUAAUUAAUAUGCAUUGGUAUUACUGCUGCCUUAUUGGUUUUCAUACUUUUACAGAGAAUUCAAGACCAAUGUAUAUGAGUGUAUAGAAUAAAGAUACUGAAGGGGCAUGAGAUGCUCUAUCAACCAAUUCACCCACUCUCUCUAACCCAAGAUGCCCAUUCCUACUUUUUUCAUCCUAAAAGAGACUACUUUCCGUCCUAAAAGAUAUUCUACUUUCUCAUCCUAAAAGAUAUUCUGUUCGAGAAGGAUCGUUGGGUGGUUCUAAAUUCAAGUCCUUUCUGUUUGAUGGAGAUUUCAUAAUAUACGAUGAUCUCAGUCCUCAAAUUAUUAGGUAGGUAAUGAUACAUAGGACCAACCCCAUUAUGCUAGUCCAAAGCAGCCAUUCCUUUACCCUCUUUUUAACUGAAUAUAAAUGUGUAGAAGAGAUAUUCUCACAACAGAAGCCACAACUUUUACAGAAGAUGUAUUUUAAGUAGCCAGGAGGGAUCUAUAAGACAGCCUAGCUAGAGCGUUGGAUCUUUACUCUCAAUCUGCAGUGCCUUCCAAUAGUGCUGAAUUUAACAAGCCAGAAUUCAUGGACCAUUAUCCCAUUUCGUAUGAUGGUACAUAUGACAAUGUUGGCUAUGGUGAACCCCUUCAAUCUCAAGAAGAUAAGUCCUCUCAUGAUUAUUCCAAUUCUUCGUCUGACAGGGAAGAAGAGUCUGGUUUAACAAGCAGACCCUGGAAUAAUAAGAAUGAACUGACUAAGCAGGCUUACGAGUAUGAUGGCAGCGGCAAUUUGCUGGGCAUAUUGCAGUCAUACUUCGGUGGCUCUUGGGGAGAGGAUCUACUGUCCCAUGGCUAUGGCAACAAUGGGUAUGACACUGAAUUAGAGAAGGCAGAGGACCCUCAGCAAGGUGAAGUACAGCAUGGUAGUUAUUACAUUCAUGACAGCGACAUGGAAAUGCAGCCGGCAUAUGAUUAUAAUUCUUCGUCCUGCUAUGGGUCUGGUUUUGAAUAUGGAGGUGAAGAAGACUAUCAUGGUUAUGGUAUGAAAGAGCCCGUGCCUGCAUAUAGCUACCCCUCCAACGAGAUGGGACAUUGUGAAAGUCUCUUUGGUCACUGGCCUUUUUCGUCAAGGCAAGACCAGGAAAGUUAUGUUGAGCAAGGACUUGCUUGAGUGUUUCGCCUCGCCAUUUAGUAUUGUUUCCUAUUCAGAUUUUGUUUCUGAGAAGCGCUUAUUUGUGUUGUUUUAGAUCUCACAAUCUGUUCUUCCUAUGUAGUAAUUUGGGGCAAUUGCUUGGUGAAAUGUGCUUAGGUUAUAUUUCAAUGAAAUCUUGCAAUCAGAAUUCCUGAAUUAUCUAAAAUUAACUUGUGCUCAAAUACUUAUAUCACAAU